AUGCAUGCGGGGCUGUUGCUGUUUGUAUUGAUCGGCGCGCUGGCACCUCGCGACGGCCGCGCGCUGUCACCUCUGCCGCGAGCAGUGCGCCUCGUGGCGUUGCUGGAGGAGGGUGAGAGCGGACUGGCGGAGCGACGCGCGGCGCUGGAGGCGGCGGCGGAGGCCAUCAACCGGCAGACGGUGGCGCUGCUGCAGACCACCGGCGUGCUGCGGCCGCUGCUCAGCCUGCGCGUCCACCAGCUGCGCCGAGCAGACGGCUUCACCACCGGCAGGCUCGUUUGCAGGCUGACGAGCACUGGGUUAUCGGGCAUUAUCGGGCCUCCUCACUCUGCAUCCAUGGACAUUGUGCGUUCCAUCUGCGACACACUGGAAAUCCCGCAGAUAGUAACCAACUGGGAUCCCAGCCCAGCAGUGCCUCGAAAUUAUCAGAUAAAUCUUCAUCCAGCAGCUCAGUUCAUUUCCCAGGCGCUGGCCGAUGUGGUGAGGGCGCUGGGCUGGAGAUCGUACGCGCUACUGUACGAGGGCGACGACGCGCUUCGCAGGCUCCGCGACCUGCUCGAGGCGCGGGACCGCGGCCACCCGCCGCUCGCCCUGCGGCAGCUCUCCCCUGACGGCGACCACAGGCCAUGUGAUUGA